CUGACAGAACAAAUCUAAAGCUGACUAAACGACUCUGACACACAGUUCUGUCCGAAAGAGAGUCUCUUGACGACUCCUUAUUACAGCUUGAUAUCUUGGAGAAGCAACUUUUGUUUUGAAAUUCAAAGUUCUUCUUCAACAACGUUUGCUUGAGAUAGUUAGCAAAAAAAAACAUUUGCUUGAGAAAUUCAGAAGCUAAAGCAUAGAUCUUCGUUCCCAGAACUCGAGGUUGUGUGUGUGAUCAUGGUGGAGGAGAAUCAAACAGUUGAAGAGUUGUUACUACAAGCACUAGAGCUUGUCCCUACCGCUUUGGCAAAAGCGAGAACAGCCAAAGGCUUCACCACCAGGUGGAGAGUGAUCAUCACGAGACUAGAGAAGAUACCGACGUGUCUAUCAGAUCUCUCAAGCCACCCUUGCUUCUCCAAAAACACUCUCUGCAGAGAGCAGCUCCAAUCCGUUUUACAAACCCUAAAAGAAUCCAUCGAGCUCGUAUGCGUGCAAGAGAAGCAACGAGAAGGGAAACUCAAGAUGCAGAGCGAUCUCGACUCCCUCUCUUCCAAAAUCGAUCUCACCUUGAGAGACUGCGGGCUGCUGAUGAAAACAGGCGUCCUAAGCGAAGUCACUCCUACGCCUCAGCAACAACAACAAGACUCCGAAACGUUCAGCGUGAGAGAGCUGCUCGCUCGGCUUCAGAUAGGUCACUCGGAGUCCAAACGCAAGGCACUCGAGCAGCUCGUCGAGGUGAUGAAAGACGACGAAAAAGCCGUUAUAACGGCUAUAGGACGGACAAACGUCGCGUCUCUGGUUCAGCUUCUGACUUCCCCUAGCGCGAGGGAGAACGCUGCGAGUGUAAUCUGCUCUCUAGCCGAAUCAGGAGGAUGCGAGAGCUGGCUCCUCUCAGAGAACGCAUUGCCUCCGCUGAUCAGACUCCUCGAAUCAGGAACUCCGUUAGCUAAAGAGAAAGCCGUCAUCUCCCUGCAGAGACUGUCGUUUUCAUCGUCGGAGACUUCACGCGCCAUCGUCGGCCACGGAGGUGUCGGUCCUUUGAUAGAGCUCUGCAAAACAGGGGACUCUGUUUCUCAAGCCGCUUCGGCUUCUACUUUGAAAAACAUCUCCUCUGUUCCCGAAGCGAGACAUAGCCUUGCGGAGGAAGGUAUCGUUAAGGCGAUGAUCGACGUGCUCAGCUGCGGGAUCUUGCUGGGGUCUAAAGAGUACGCUGCCGAGUGUCUUCAGCAUCUCACCUCGAGCAACGAAGCUCUGAGGAGAUCGGUUGUAUCGGAGAAUGGGAUUCAAACUCUCCUCGCUUACUUAGACGGACCACUCCCUCAAGAGUCAGGAGUCUCGGCGAUACGCAACCUCGUUAACUCUGUUCCUCCCGAGGCUUAUGACAAGAUAGUUCACGGUUUAGUCCACGUUCUAAGAGCAGGAUCAACGGGAGCUCAGCAGGCGGCUGCGUCGACUAUCUGCAGGAUGGCUACGUCGAACGAGACUAAGAGAAUGAUAGGGGAGUCUGGUUGUAUUCCUCUGUUGGUGAGGUUGUUGGAGGCGAAAGGUGGUGGAGCUAGAGAGGUAGCUGCUCAGGCUAUAGCGAGUCUUGUCACGGUUCCGAGGAAUUGUAGGGAAGUGAAGAGAGAGGAGAAGAGCGUGGCGAGUCUUGUGAUGUUGCUCGAGCCUAGCCCGAGCAACUCGGCUAAGAAGUAUGCGGUUUCCUGUUUGGCGGCGGUGUGUUCGAGCAGGAAGUGUAGGAAGCUGAUGGUUUCUCAUGGAGCUGUUGGUUAUCUGAAGAAGUUGGCGGAGAUGGAGGUUCCUGGUUCCAGGAAGCUUCUUGAGAGGAUUGAGAAAGGGAGAUUGAAAAGUUUCUUUAGUAGAAAGUAAGAGAAAGUAAUGAGGCAGAUCUUUUAUGUUAAAAAAUAUAAUGUAAUGUGGUAUAUUAUAUAUGUUGUAAUGUUUCAUAAUCUAUAUGAAACAAGGACAA